AUGUUACGAGGGAGAGUCGAGGGCUAUGACGAAGUCUUGACCGUCUAUCCAUUCGCCAAAAGAGGGGACCCUCUCGCAGCACUCAUCCCGCGACGUCCAGUGCAUCGAGAUGUUCAGAGCAAUACUGUUUUUGCCGCCGCCCGGAGGCUCAUCCAUGAAUGUCUCAGGCCGGACAACCCCAGCGAGGGCCAUACCCUAUGUCGGUACUCCAGGGAUACUGUCCUUCCCACUCGAGUCCUGGAUGUCGGGGACCCUAGUGACCCUGAUUCUUCCACGCGGCUGAAGAUCAACGAAGUCGAGACUCACGGGUCCUACUUGGCUCUGAGCUAUUGCUGGGGAAAGCGAGACCCGACAGCGAGUUUCCAGCCGCUUCUGCUACGGAGAAAUAGCUUGCAUGAUCUGACGUCCCAGAUCCGACCUGAAAACCUCCAAAGGUCUAUUCAAGACGCUAUAUGCGUCACUCGGAAGCUUGGUUUCAGAUACAUCUGGGUCGACGCGUUGUGCAUCAUUCAAGAUGAUGAUGACGACAAAGAUAACGAGAUAUCGCAGAUGGCUACCAUCUACAAGAAUGCUGUCAUUACCCUAGCAGCUGGCACCGCGGAGAAGGCAUCUGAGGGGUUCUUGGGUAAUCCGGAAUCAAGACCUACUGUUUAUCUACCAGAAAACAAGUUUGCUAUUCCCAUGGAUACUGAAGGCGAGAUAGGCACAGUCUACCUUUCGGCGGACCCCUAUGAGCCAGAUCACCCUCUGGACAAGCGUGGCUGGACGCUUCAGGAAUUCAUGCUCUCCUCGCGCAUGCUUAUCUUCUCCGACUACCAACUUCUCUGGCAGUGCAAAGAAGUUGAGCUAAGGAGUGUAACAGGUGACAGCCGGGGCAUGGAGUAUCAGCAACCUCUUGAAUCACUUCCUUGGACGGUUUUCGAUGAGGAAGCCGAACCCCGAUUCGGGACAUCUGCUAGCGAGAAGCUCUACAUCUGGAAAACCAUCAUUCUCCAGUACACAGAAAGGGAAUUAUCAGACCCGAAUGACCGGCUAAGGGCUGUGUCUGGAAUCACCACAGAGCUAGAAAAGCUUUGGCGAGAUUCCAACAUCUGGGGCCUGUGGCGAAAAUGGUUCAUCUCGCUACUUGCCUGGUACAAGGUCGAAAUCGAUAGAGUGGACAAAAGAAAUCUCGGCCGAGCUCCCAGCUGGUCCUGGGCCUCUCUGGACGGCAGAAUUAACUACAAAGAUCCGGUAGAGGUUGCGGAUGCCAAGAUAAGCGCAUUGACAGUGGCAAGCGUGGUACUAUCUUGCCGCAUACUCAAUGCGGAUAACGCCAACGAAUCCGUGGUGGAAUGGCCUGAUCUUGCAGAUGAGGCUUGUAAAGAGCAUGGCCUGACUCGUCUUUGCCCACCUGGGAGCCGGGGCCAGUGUCGUCUAAACCUGAUGUGCCCUUCGAGAAAGGAAGUAGGCGAGAAUGACCUGUUGUAUCUUCUGCUAGGUACCGCGAAGCCUGACAGCCGAGGUGGCAAGGGACUAGGGCUCGGGUUACUUGUGAUGCAAGUCGCUGACGGGCGCUAUAGACGAAUCGGGCUGGCCGUGUUUCCUGACAUGUCGAUCUGGAAGGGGGUUAAACGACAGACUGUUGAGUUCGAGCCCAAGCAUUGA